UCGGGCGAGCCGACGACGAGACCGUAGCUGUCUGGAAAUUUGUCUCGUGGGUUGGACUCAAACGUAUUCUUCAUAAUUGUCAUUUUUUUUACGUGCGACAAGUUAAUCGUCCCGCAUUUUAACACACGCCAUUGUUAGCGUCCCGAAUCAGACUGGACAAUGGCUGCCGCUGAGGUAAACGGUAGCUCUGCCCCGGUUAAGGAGGAAGAAGAGCCCAUGGAUGUGACAACACACACAGAAAACUACCAGACGCUCAUUGAUGCUGGGCUGCCCCAGAAAGUGGCUGAAAGUUUGGAUAACAUUUUCCUGACAGGCUUGGUGGCAUAUGUUGACCUUGAUGAAAGGGCCAUUGAUGCCCUGCGUGAGUUCAAUGAGGAAGGGGCACUGACUGUGCUGCAGCAGUUCAAAGAGAGCGACCUGUCCCACGUACAGAAUAAAAGUGCUUUCCUUUGUGGAGUCAUGAAGACUUACAGACAGAGAGAAAAACAAGGAAGUAAAGUACAGGAAUCCACAAAGGGCCCAGAUGAGGCGAAAAUAAAGACUCUGUUGGAGCGGACGGGAUACACCCUGGAUGUCACCACAGGGCAGAGAAAGUACGGAGGUCCCCCACCUGAGGAUGUGUUCAAAGGAAUACAACCAGGGAUUGGAACAGAGGUGUUUGUUGGAAAAAUCCCAAGGGAUUUGUAUGAAGAUGAGCUGGUACCUCUCUUUGAGUCGGCCGGUUCCAUCUGGGACCUUAGGCUAAUGAUGGACCCUCUCUCUGGUCAGAACAGGGGUUACGCCUUCAUCACCUACUGCAAUAAGGAUGAUGCACAAAAGGCUGUGAAGCUUUGUGAUAACCAUGAAAUCCGCCCUGGCAAGUACUUGGGAGUCUGUAUAUCUGUUGCAAACAAUCGCCUGUUUGUCGGAUCAAUUCCAAAGAACAAGACAAGGGAAAGUAUAUUGGAAGACUUUGGCAAAGUUACAGAGGGUCUCCAAGAGGUCAUAUUGUACCACCAGCCGGAUGACAAGAAGAAGAACCGCGGCUUCUGUUUCCUGGAAUACGAAGAUCACAAGUCUGCAGCGCAGGCUCGCCGCCGCCUGAUGAGCGGCAAAGUGAAGGUGUGGGGGAACCCGGUCACUGUGGAGUGGGCCGACCCUGUUGCUGAGCCAGACGCCGAGGUCAUGGCCAAGGUCAAGGUGCUCUUUGUAAGAAAGCUGGCCACAUCAGUGACUGAAGAGCUUCUCGAAAAGACCUUCUCUCAGUUUGGAAAGCUGGAGCGAGUGAAGAAAUUGAAAGAUUAUGCUUUUGUCCAUUUUGAGGAGAGAGAUGCUGCUGUAAAGGCAAUGGAUGAGAUGAACGGGAAGGAGCUGGGAGGAGAGGAAAUUGAGAUCGUCCUGGCAAAGCCGCCAGAUAAAAAGAGGAAAGAGCGACAAGCAGCUCGCCAGACCACUAGGAAUUCUGGGUAUGAUGACUAUUACUACUACCCCCCUCCACGCAUGCCGCCACCAGGCCGAGGCAGGGGUCGCGGUGGCCGGGGGGGCUAUUCCUAUCCACCUGAUUACUAUGGGUAUGACGACUACUAUGAUGACUACUAUGGCUACGACUAUCAUGACUACCGUGGUGGCUAUGAAGACCCUUACUACGGCUAUGAAGAUGUCUACAGCAUGAGGGGCCGGGGUACUCGUCCUAGCAGGGGGGGGCCUCCUCCGCCUAGAGCUCGUGGGGCACCCCCGGCACGAGGCCGUGGGGGCUACGCCCAAAGGGGACCACCCCUCGGUGGUCCUAGGGGUGGCCGCGGGGGGCGGGGAGCCCCUUUCCAGCCGCAGAGAGGCCGCGGGCCACGCGGGGCCAGAGGAAACCGCGGGGGGAACGUCGGCGGGAAGAGGAAGGCAGACGUGUUCAACCAGCCUGACUCCAAGCGCCGCCAGACCAACAACCAGCAGAACUGGGGGUCCCAGCCCAUCGCCCAGCAGCCCCUGCAGCAGGGGGCCGACUAUUCCGGUAACUAUGGUUACAGUAAUGACACCAUGGAGUUUUCACAGGAUUCUUAUGGGCAGCAGUGGAAGUAGAUGCACCCAAAGGUAUUUGGCAAAGUGACAACAAAAAAAGAGAAAAACAACAAUAAAAAGGAAAAAAAAUUACAGGAGAUUGGCCACAAUUUUUUGAUUGACUUUUUAUUCUUCACCCCUCAUGAAAAAAAAAUAUCUGUACAUAUGUCAGAAAAAAAUGGACAGACCCCAGAAUUGGCUCGAAGUGAUUGGCUGGAAAGCCUUUUGGCUGAAGAAGUGAACGUAACCGUUGUGGUGAAUCAUUUCUUACUCUUACGGUUACAUUGGGACAUUUUAAAAAAUACACGAAACACUUUUAUUGUUACAUUUUGUUCCUGAUUCAUUUAAAGCCAACAAUGAACAUUUACAAAGUGGACAUUGAUUCCCAAAAGUCUGAGAGGACAUUAAAUAAUGAUAUUGCCUUGUAGGAAGUUUUUGUCCAUGCCCCUUCCCCCCCUUCCCUUCUUGUACUCCCUUUAUUUGUGGUUUCUCAUAGUUGCUUAGGGACUUGCUUGUAAAUAAAUGCAUAUGGUUAGAGCUUCAUACUUCAUUUUUUGCAAUGGUGGAGAAAAGAAUCCACAGGAAGGAAGAAAUUCAAAGUUUUGUAAUGUUCAAAGUGUAUGCCUAGCAUUUCUAGCGGUAGACAAAUUGUGUUUUUUUUUUAAACUGAUACCAUAACUUCCUAUGUUUUCUUUGAACUUGCCCAAUAGAAUUUGGUUUGGCUUACCUUAAGAGCCAUAGCAGUUUGUUCUGAUGUUCUUUGUAUUUAUAACUUUUACGUUUGUUCCGUUUCAAUAAAACUCAGCUGAGCAUCAGUCAAUUGUCAGAUACUCAAAUUCA